UCUAUAGCGAACCAAUCUGGACAGAGCUAGCAGUAUAUGCUUCCGCUUUCUUGUUUGUGAAGAAUAGAGGGCAAAGCAUGCCUUUUCUACACGGCUUUCGCAGGAUCGUCUACGAGUACCAGCCACUGGUGGACGCCGUGUUGAGAGUCGUAGGGGUAGAGGAAAAUGCAAGUCCCCAGGGCAGGAACAGUAAUAUGGAGGAGGAGGGUGCCCUCUGCCAUUCACUGGUGGAGUUGCUAGAGAAAGAGUCACAAUCAGUCGUAUUUCAAGAGGGGAUAAGCUAUGCCCUGUUCAAAGUUGCAGAGCAUGGCUUGGUCUAUGCCGCCGAGGUUCUCCUGCGCUAUGGGGCAGACCUGAACUUUGAGGACCCUGUGUCAUACUACAACCCCCUGCAUAUCGCAGUGUUGAGGAACAGGCCUGAAAUGGUGAAGGCCCUGGUGCGUCAUGGGGCCAGCAUCUGCAAGCGGGAUCGGAUCCAUGACUGCAGCCCGUUGGACCUGUCGAGCGAGGAGCUGGAGAGGCUGCCCUGCUUGCACCUUCUCCUUGAUUUGGGGGCCGACGUCAAUGCCAGGGACAAGACCGGAAAGACAGCAUUGCUCCAUGCCUUCGCCAUCAGCGAUGGAAUCACUGUGAACAACACGGCCAACAUUCAGCUCCUUCUGGAGAAAGGUGCGGACGUCCAGGCUGCCACAAAGGAGGGCGAGACGGCUCUGUCCUCCCUGGUCUUCCUGGUGAAGGAGGCGCUGGAGGGAAACGCGGAGGACGUGCGCGAGGUGGGCCGCUUCUGCCUGGCCGUGACGCGGCUGCUGCUGGUGCACGGCGCCGACCCCAGCUGCUGCGAUGGGGAGGGGGCCGAUGGCGAGCCCUCGCUCACCCAGACCUGCCUGGAGCACUUCGACCUGCUCUUCCCCCUGGCCGUGCUGCUCCUGCAGAGCGGCGCCUCCUUCCGCUGCUCCUGCCGGGGCGCCCCCUGCUGGACCGGGCCGGGGCUGGUCUUCGGCCGGCUGGCGGCCGCCCUGCAGGAGAACCCCGACCCGGAGGUGGCUGGCGAGACCUUCGCCAGGGCGGAGCUCCUCCUGGACCUGGCUCAGGUGACCACGCCGACCCUCCCUGUCACCUGCAGGCUGGACCCCCCCGUGGUUUCAGAGCAGGACCGCCAUGGACAAGCGGUCCUGGACUUCCGUCAUCGUGUUUGGGACCGGACCGGACCACCCGCCCUGCGCUGCCUCUGCAGGGCCUCCAUCCGCCAGAGCCUUCAGCCCUGGCCGCUGGAGAGCAAGGUGCAGGCCCUGCCCCUGCCCGACCGGCUGAAAGAGUACCUCGUCCCUGAACUCACGUAUCAACCCAAACCUGGCCAGGACUGCUUCAAGCCCCACCUGCCCUCACGCUGAGCCAACUAUGGCCACCAGAGGGCAGUACAGGGCAUGCUAGCACUGUGGGAAGCAGCUCAAGACUUCCUUGCCUUUCACAUGUGACAUACUGGUCAGUUUGCCAGCGUCAGUUAGUGACUUGAAAUGGAUGCCGACCUUGGGCCUCUGAGGGUUUCAGAUAAGGAUAUUGCCUUGCUGAAAUGCACCUGAAUGUCGACUGUGCCAAUUUGAAUGCAGGUUUAUACAUAUUCAUGUGAAGUGUGCAAGUAUCAAUGGUAUUAUGAAAUGUAGACAUUAUGGACUUCCACUGUUGGGAUAGCUCAGCUGGAAUGACAAUCCCUUAAGAAGCAAGCUAAGAUAUGGGGUGGAAAGAUAUUUUUCAUAAUAAAACUUUUAAUGUUCUCA